AGGGGCAGGCUCUUGGUGUCCCCAGAGAAUCUGGUUGGGGUAGGAGCUAAGUCUUAGAACCACUUGCUCUGUUUAUGAGUGCCAAGUUAAUCCCCAGCAUAGAGAGAGAGAGAGAGAGGGAGCAGGCUGCUGGGCUCUUCCUGCUGUUGAAAAUUCACUGGGCACUCACUGGAAGUUUUCUUCCUUUCUUCUGCCCUGAAUGUUUUUCCAAACAUGAAGGUAAUAACUUUGUUCAUCUUGGUGGGAUUUACAGGAGAUUUCCAAAUUUUUUCAAGAGCUGCCUCUCCAGUCAAUUGCCAGUGGGAUACCUAUGCCCCAUGGUCAGAAUGCAACGGGUGUACCAAGACUCAGACUCACAGGAGGUCAGUUGCUGUUUAUGGGCAGUAUGGCGGCCAUCCUUGUGUUGGAAGUGCAUUUGAAACACAACCGUGUGAACCUACACGAGGAUGUCCGACAGAAGAGGGAUGUGGAGAGCGUUUCAGGUGUUUCUCAGGCCAGUGCAUCAGCAAAUCUUUGGUUUGCAAUGGGGAUUCUGACUGUGAAGAGGAUAGUGCUGAUGAAGACAAAUGUGAGGACUCAGAAAGUAGACCUUCCUGUGACCUUGAUCAACCUCCUCCCAACAUAGAACUUACUGGAAAUGGUUACAAUGAACUCACUGGCCAGUUUAAGAACAAAGUCAUCAACACUAAAAGUUUUGGUGGUCAAUGCAGAAAAGUAUUUAGUGGGGAUGGAAAUUUUUUCUAUAGACUGAGUGGAAAUAUCCUUUCCUAUACAUUCCAGGUGAAAAUAAAUAAUGAUUUUAAUUAUGAAUUUUACAACAGUAGUUGGUCUUAUGUAAAACAUACCUCAGCUGAAUAUACAUCAUCUAGUAAGAAAUCCUCCUUGUUCAGUUCUUCAUCAUCUUCGUCAUAUAAUCGUAUUUCACAUACCAGUAAAACCCACGAGAACAAGAAUCAUCAGUUGCUGAUUGUCCAGAACACUGUGGAAGUGGCUCAGUUUGUCAAUAAUAAUCCGGAAUUUUUACACCUUGCUGAACCGUUCUGGAAGGAACUCUCCCUCCUUCCCCCUCUAUAUGAUUACAGUGCCUACCGAAGAUUAAUUGACCAGUAUGGGACACAUUAUCUGCAGUCUGGGUCCCUAGGAGGAGAGUACAAAGUUGUAUUUUAUGUAGACUCGCGUAAACUCAAACAAAGAGGUCUUGGUUCAGUAGAUAUGAAGGAAUGUGCUGCCUCAACGUUCAAUUUUUUAUUUUAUGCAUCAUCAGAGAACAAAUGCAAAGAUCUGGAAGACGUCUUAAAAUCAGAUUCAGGAACUCAGGGCAAUAUGGUGCGAGGGGACCCGUAUGUCAGGGGCGGGAGUUUAGACUUCGUGGCUGGCCUCAGUAAGCUGCAGCUGGACAAUCCUGCUGGAAACAAAGGGCGGUAUGCUUCCUGGGCAGAAUCUGUGACUCGUCUUCCCCAAGUCAUAAAACAAAAGCUGACUCCUUUGUAUGAGCUGGUAAAGGAAGUACCUUGUGCCUCCGUGAAAAGACUAUACCUGAAGCGAGCUCUCGAGGAAUAUCUGGAUGAAUUUGACCCCUGCCAUUGUCGACCUUGCCAAAAUGGUGGCAUUGCCACCGUUGAGGGGACCCAAUGUCAGUGCCAUUGCAAACCAUAUACAUUUGGUGUGGCUUGUGAGCAAGGAUUCCUUGUAGGAAAUGAAGCAGGAGGGGUGGAUGGGGGUUGGAAUUGCUGGUCCUCUUGGACCCCCUGCGUUCAAGGGAAGAAAACAAGGCGCCGAGAAUGCAAUAACCCACCACCCAGUGAGGGUGGGCAAUCCUGUAUUGGAGAACCACGGGAAAGCAGCCCCUGUGAGGAUGAGGAGCUGCAGCAUUUGAGAUUGAUUGAACCACAUUGUUUUCCUUUGUCUUUGGUUCCAAAAGAAUUCUGUCCAUCACCUCCUGCCUUGAAAGAUGGAUUUGUUCAAGAUAAAGGUGCCAUGUUUCCUGUUGGGACUAAUGUAGUAUACACUUGCAAUGAAGGAUAUUCUCUUAUUGGAGAUCCUGUAGCCAGAUGUGGAGAUGAUUUACAGUGGCUUGUUGGGGAAAUGCGUUGUCAAAAAAUUGCCUGCGUUCUACCUCCAUUGAAGGAUGGCAUACAGAGUCAUCCCCACAAACCUUUCUAUGGAGUUGGUGAAAAGGUGACCAUUUCCUGUUCAGGUGGCAUGUCCUUAGAAGGUCCUUCAGCGUUUCUCUGUGGAUCCAGCCUUAAGUGGAGUCCUGAUAUGAAGAACGUUCAGUGUGUGAAAAAAGAUGCUCCUUUGAUACCAGCAGGGCCUAAAUGUCAGCGCUGGGAGAAACUGCAGAAUUCAAGAUGUGUUUGUAAAAUGCCCUAUGAAUGUGGGUCCUCCUUGGAUGUAUGUGCUCGAGAUGAGAGAAGCAAAAGGAUACUGCCUCUGACAGUGUGCAAGAUGCAUGUUCUCCACUGUCAGGGCCGAAAUUACACCCUUGCUGGUAGCGACAGCUGUACUCUGCCGGCCGCCACCGAGAAAGCUUGCGGGGCCUGUCCACUCUGGGGAAAAUGUGAUGCCGCGAGCGGCCGAUGCGUCUGCCGGGAAGCCUCCGAGUGCGAGGCCGAGGACGGCGGCUCUGCGGUGUGCGCGCAGGUGGACGGCGCCCUGCAGACCCUGAGCGAGUGCGCGGCGGGCGCGCUCCGGUGCCGCGGCCAGAGCGUCACGGUCACGGGCACGCGGCCCUGCACGGCCAACCCGCGGGAGCCGCCCCCACGCCCCGCCCACCCCGAGCCGUUUGCUCCGCCCCUUCGUUAGGAUGCCCGCCCGCGGGGGAUGCCAGGAUCGAGUCCCGCGUCCGGCUCCCUGCGUGGAGCCUGCUUCUCCCUCUGCCUGUGUCUCUGCCUCUCUCUCUCUCUCUCUGUCUCUCAUGAAUGAAUAAAUAAAAUCUUUAAAAAAUAUAAAAUCUUAAAAAAAAAAAAAGCCAGUCUGCGCGAGCAGCACACCUGACCCCUUGCACGAACCGUGUGCUCUUGGACGAACUGCUAAUGUGUCUGAACCGUGACUCUUUAAAAUCUGAAAAUUAGGGGCUUAGCCCAGAGGAAGGCGACUAACCCCGCCCUUUGAUUCCCUCGAGUAUGACUGACCCCACCCAUGAUCGACCCCACCCAUCGGGGGGCCCGAACACCCAGUCUGUACACAUGGAUCAGGAAAACUGGAAGGUCAGAGAGGUUGGCUUGCUUCUCCCAGUGAAGCUGAAUAAGGCAAAGGGCACCUUGAAUGGAAAAAGACAGAUCCGGCACCCACCCCAAGCGGCAACCUCAGCUGCCCGAUGAGGACUCAAGCACCACAUGCAGGGAUCCCUAAAUCUUGUCGGGAGAUGCACCCCCUGAAAAGUCUGAACCACUGUGCUGUAGUCACUGGCGCCUUCUGCCUUCUUGUCUGACGACAAAGACAAUCCCAUCUUCUCUCUCGGACUUUUCUUCAGUAUGUGUCAAGCACAAGAAAUGCAAGUUGCUUGCUUUCUCCCCCUUUUCUUUUGUAGGAGGCAUCAGUUCUGGCCUGAGCUAUUGAGAGAUUGUGUAUUUGACAGAACAGUUUUCUUGCAUAUGAAUACAUGCUUGGAUUAUUCAGGGGGCCAUACAGGUACAUCAAUUGGAGACACUGGCCUUCUAUUUAUUCCUUUUUCAGUGUUUCAUCAAAACAAAAAAGCAGCUGUGGGAGAUGAAAUGAGUGGGCUUAAAUGGAAUUUAAAAUAUGCUUUUAUAUACACAUAAUAUCUGUGUACUUUUCUGGUACUGAUAAAUACAUUUCAACAAAACCUUAGUUAAAAUGACAAUGAUUAAAAUCUCAUUAAAGAUA